AUGAAAUUGACAAAGCAAGAAAAAGAAAAGUUGCUACUGGAUCUCAACAGUGCCAAUGCGAUAGCCUCAGCGUUAAAGGAUGAUCUGGAAACGACACGGAAAAGCUAUGAAACACAGCUACAAAAUCUCCAUGAACAUAUCGCUGAUUUGAACAUCAAAUUAGAGGAACAGUCCACAGCAUUGCAAUCUUUUAAAAGUGUUUUCAACGGCGUCUCUUCGACAAAAUCAGUUAGUUCAAAUGUAAUUAGAAUUUUUCGGCCCUAAAC